ACCCUUUCCAACAUCUUCAACGGGAUGGGCUGGGAUCGUGCUCCAGGAAAACCACACGGUGGGGAUGAUCUACCAGAUCUGCUUCGUUCGGUCCCUCUUUUUUUGCGAAAAGAGGUUCCGUUGGAGUUUGAGUUUACUGGUCGGGUUCGCAUACAGACGAGAAGCUUAGGUUCCCUACGAUUCUUAUGUCGUCUUUAUUUGUGGUGUGAAGCAGUCGAAAACGGAGCAUAUCGAUCUUGUGCUGUUUGUGGUGUGAACGUAACGAUCGCCUUAAACGAGGGCUCCACAUAUUAACCACAUUUGGUGGCAUUAGACUUACAGAAGGAGAACGGUCUUGUUGGUGAAGAGGUGUCCAAGUUUUUUUUGUGUGUGCGUUGUUGUCUUGUGAACGUUUGCCGUACAAAACCACUCGAUUUUAUUUCGAAUCAAACGUUCGGAGGUAAACCAGUCCUCCUCAGACUCCGGUUAGAUCUCGGUGUGUACUCGUUUGUGGGGGGCAAGUUUAUUUUUUUGUCUUUCUCGCUAGGCUUCCAUCCGACAGGGUUAGAGAGGGUGUAGUGUAGUGGGUUUUCAGUCCGAGGUAGGUCGUCCGGUGGGUAUAAGAAAAUUGUGUCAGGCCUUCUGCGCGAGGCUCGGUUUUUUGAGCUUAAUACGUAAUUUCGUAGCGGUUUGUGAGCGUGAGGGCUCGCUAGAAGAUAGGGGUCGAGGUUGGUGAUGGGGAGACCACCGCACUUUGUGUGAGAGUUCGCGAAAGGCAGCUGUAUGCGAACAUUAUACACGAUGGCGCAGCUGAUGGUUGUUGUUGAUGAUGAUGAUGAUGAUGCCGAUGGUGGUGUUCCGUCGUGUUGCGUCGCGUUGUGUGUUUGUUGUUGUUUGUUGUGAUGCGGUGUUUCUUUUUUCUUCUUCUUCUUCUUUCCCUUCAUGGUGAAAGUUACACAUUGUGGCCGUUGUUAAGGUGACGCCGGGUGUUAGUGUGGAGUGGACGUGUUGUGUUGCUGAUUAUCGCUGCCUGAUAUUGUGUCGUAAACGGUAGAUCCCGAAGUAGAUCGUAGUAGCGCCCUGAGGAUAACCCUUCUAGCUCUGUACUGCGUCAAUGUUGCGUCGCACGACGACGUCUUAAAUAACCUCAUUUUCUCUACAUACGCCAAUGAUGGGAUAUCACUUCCGGUCGGCAUGGAUUCCCCUCUUCAGCUCAGUUGAUUAAAAAUUGAUCCAUGUUUUUGUUGAGCGCGAUAUCAAUAACGUUUUUUUGUGAUUGUUUGUCAGGUACUGCGCUAUGAUGGACAACAUCAAGACAACAAGACUCUUUACUUUGUUACAUUGUUACAGAUUUAUUGCGUAGCAUUCGUGCAACCGGUCGGUCUGGGCAAGACUUCCCACUGGCUACAGUAACAGCUAGUGUAGACAUGAGGCUAUUCAUGAGAACACCCCACGAAGAGCUACAAAUGGUCGUACAGACGACUCAACUCAGUCAACUCUUGCAGAACAGUUAUGUAGUACGAAUACGUCAUGCCGAGUUUGAUGAACCCGGUUCUCUGUUCUUGUGGCAAUGGGUGGGAAGAAUUAGAAAUUCAUUCCAUUUCUGCUUCUGGGGGAAACGAAACUUGAAGCGACAAAACUGGAUAUCGUUGACAGUUAACAUUUUGCAUUUUUUUUGCGAUUAAAGUAUGGUACUGUAUAAGUUAGUAUUCUGGAGAUUUUGUAACAAAUGGGUACAAUGACUACAAUGACACGUACUAUAUCGUGGUUUAAUAACAUAUCUGGUUUAAGAUGUGGUUAAUUCUUAAGUUACGGAAUUACUUAUAUACUCUAUUCGAAUAGUCGUCUAAAUUGGAAUGUUACUGAGCUGUUAAGUAUAUUUAAGCCAGAGUUCUAUUUGUUAAAUUCCACACUCAAUUACGUUUGCCGACACACCUUGGACAAGGAAGCACUUUCGUUAACACUCGAAACACUGUUUUCUCAGCAUGAUAAGUCGUUUUAAUCGUUUCCAGCAAAUUCUUUUACCAUUCGUUGAAGAGAUAGAUUUAAUUGCGCACUCACACCUUUCCCUGUGACAUUCACUCUUCCUUCAACCAGUCAGCUAACCUAUCUUCUUAUUAUGUAACGUGAUUUAACGUACGAAAGUCUGCAAGUAAAUAAAACCUUGACACACAGCACAAUUUAGCACAUGCGGCGGAGUGUCCUACAUAAAUCCCUAUCGUCCAGCGGUUGUGUGCCAGUGUGGGACGAAAACUUUCCCACAGCUUUCGCUGAAGGAAUUGGAUAUUUUUUCUGUUAUUAUUGUAUGUGUUAUUUAUGGGCUGAAAGGCAGACGAAAUAUAUACCACAGGCAGGGGAGAGAAAAAAGAAAAGGAUUAAAGCUCUACCGUGUCCUUGACGAGCAUUGAACACUAGUGACAGUCGAUGAAUGUGCGAUUUGUGGAGAGUGUUUUUGUUGUAGUAAUUGAAGCUUAAUGAAGAGAACUGCCCAUUACAAUGUGUUUGCAGUUUAUGCCUUAUCAUUGAGUGUUUAUGGUAGCUUGAUUGCUUGAAAGAUGUUUACCAAAGUCGAGGCAAUUGAUGUCCGAGGACGCGUGUUUGUAUGUAAGCAGAAACAGAAACAUUACCAGAUUCACGAAAUGUGAUGUAAUAAUUCCACCCAAAUUUCCAAGCCGGUACAAUAAUACGGACAAAGACGGCUAGUGAGUUUUCCGUACAUUAACUACUAACGCAAACAGUAACAGCAGCCAUACAACAGUCGUCGAUCGAAGUAGAUUAAGUGACAGAAAAAGGAAGCAACCGGUACCAUUUAACAUUGCGCUCAAUCUACUACCAUCUACAGUCGACUGUGUGUUUUCGGGGCUCGGAAGGAAAAGGUGUAAAAAGUGAGAAAAAGCGAAGGAAAUCUUUCAAAGAAAAGCCACAGAAAAGUAGUAAAACAUUUUUAAGAGGUGACUUUGGAGCGUGUAUGUGCGCAGUAUUAUGUCUGUAUGAUCUGCAUGUCGAUCGUAGUGUGCACCGGCCGUGCGUUGCCUAGAGACGGAUUUAUAACCUCAACGUAUAUCAGCUAGCACUGCGAGCACUUGUACGUCGGGUGGUGCAAUUUCAGUGGAGACUGUUUUAUUUUACGUGCCCCGUUACCCGUACGCAACACUCUCAAGCAAGGAAAGCGUUCCUAAGACGGACGAAGAUCUCUCGGUCGAAUCCUGUUGGUACGAGUCCUUCAUCCAUCCCAUUCUAACCUGCCAGGAGUUCAGGCGGCAGGAGACGAAUGCGAAUAACGUUCCUGUUCGAUCUACUAUUUCAGGAGGCGGCCAACGGAGGGCACGCGAACGGGCAAUCAUCAUCGGCGUCCUCUUCGUCGUCCGGAAGUGGCACAAUGGUGAAAACGUUCCAAGCCUAUCUACCGCCGACGAAUCGAACGUACUCCUGUGUCCACUGCCGGGCACACCUAGCUAGUCACGAUGAGCUUAUAUCGAAAUCGUUCCAGGGCAGCCAGGGACGAGCAUAUCUGUUCAAUUCGGUGGUUAACGUAGCCUGUGGCCAAGCCGAAGAACGUGUCCUACUGACGGGCCUACAUGCUGUGGCCGACAUUUACUGUGAAUGCUGCCGAACACCGCUCGGAUGGAAAUAUGAGCACGCGUUCGAAUCGAGCCAGAAGUACAAGGAGGGCAAGUACAUCAUCGAACUGGCGCACAUGAUCAAGGAGAAUGGUUGGGAUUGAUUUGCGUCGCCGGUGCGGCGCACCCGAACCAGCAGCAACAGCAGCAGCAGUGGUGGCAGCUCAUCGGCGAUAAACUAACCCGAACAAUCCAACCGCGCAGAUCGUUUCGUCCUCGCCGUGCUCAAAUACCGCCAUUACAGCUGGCUGGAUACGGCUGGUAAGAGAGCCGAGCGAUCGAUGUUAUGAAACAAGCUCUGAUGGACCCCAAAACUGUCUGCGUUAGAAUGUCGGAUUGUUCGCUAGAAUCAUAGCGUUUAGUUGAAUUCCCUUCAAAUGCCCCGCCCCCUCCAACUAUAGAAGUCUUGUUAAGCUAGUUUUGUAAACAAAAUGCGCGAAAAAUGGAACAUUCUUUCGUUUUAUCCCAUCGAUAUUUUUCAUCGACACUCCCGGAACGUGUAGCUGUAGGGGGAACAUUUGAAAGCUCGGUAGGAUUUUAAAAGUGGUUUCCAGAAGAAAAAAAAACAAAACAAAAAUUUCUGUCAAUACUGCCCUUGCGUUUUUUGGAAGGUCGGAUAUAACCCCCCCGUGAUAACCAAUACAACUCCUGCCUUUUGUUUUUCGUUUGUCUUACGGAAGUGACUUUUAGUUCCGGUUCGUGCGUGUAUGUGCAUGUGUGCCCGGACCUUAUGCAGAUGAAGAUGAUCCCAAACAGGGGAAGCGGAUUUCCUUUUUUACUACUAGAAUAAGGUUGGAAAAUGAUUAACAGACGAACAAACCAUACAGCGAGAAGGAGAGAGAGAGAGAGCAUGUAAGGAAAAAUAAUGUGAGCUUUUGAAGAGAUCGUUUUAGAAAUGUGCGUAUGCAUGGUAUGUCUGAGAUAUGUAAGAAAUAAGAGUACGGAAGCGAGAGUGAUAUUAGAUUUAGCAAACACGACAAAGGAAAGCAGAACGGCAUGGGAGAAAAAGAAAUCAUGUAACAUUUGAAACAUUGAACAAAAACUCAUCAGAUAUGCAUCAAUCUUUGAAAUCAAUCGUAAAACCUCCGCCCACGACGGAAAAACACCAGAGGAAAAGAGGUUGGGAUUGAUGCACCAUUCGUAUUUUAGUCGAAAUAUACAACAGCAAAAAAUCUAAUCAACAUCGCGAUUUAAAGGUUAAGGCUUUAGUUUUUUUUUAAAACAGAUAUAACUCCUUUAUGCAACACAACAACCGGCAACCGGAUUUUGCUGUGUGCAAUAAGCGUAACCGGAAGGGCAAGGAAUGAAAGUGCGAAUGAUCGUGAUAGAUAAUAAGGACUCAAACACUGUGACAUUCGGUCGGAGACAAAAAAAAAUCAAAAAAAUAACAACAGGAGAAAUAAUGCAAACCAACACUUCCUCCCCAGAAAACCCUGUUACCAUCGGGUACCGAGUUAGCACUGGUAGGAAAUCGAAAAGAUAUAAAAACAAUAUCGCAAAAAAACCAACAACCAAAACCACAAAUCAAUCGACAGGACUGGGCAGAAAGGUGGAAUACUUUCCGAGUGAAUGUGUUUAGCGGGUGUGAAAGAAUAUAUGUGUGAAUAGUGUGCGUGAUACAACUAACCACCGUUUCGGCGAAGAAAAUUUCGGCUUGUGUGCAAUCUUUAAAAACUUUUCCCUUUUACCCACAAAUAUCCUCCCUAAACAUCCUUUACAACUGUGAAUGUGAUCUAAAUAGUUAUAGGAUUUUUUUUUAUGUUUUCUUCGUAUGUGUUAAAAACGUCAAGCGCAGAGAAAUCAAUCGAAAUGUGAGUAGAAUGUAAAUGUUUAUAAAUAGAAUGCAUAACAUACGUGAAAGUGCAUCGUACGUGCCCGGUGAAACAAUAGAACACGAAGAAAUGAACCAUACGAGGCGAAACUAAACUAAACGAAGCCACAGAAUCUGUCCACAAGAGCAGCUGUAGCAAGUUGUUAAAAGAAGUGAUACUGCCCAUCGAGAAGAUCGGUCACAUCAUUACCAAUAGGUUCUACAAUAUCAAAGAACAGUAGUAUAAAACGAACUAUUUUCAAUGCAAAACGCAAAGCAAAACAACAAUAUGGCAUGGUUCGGGGGAAAACCAUGAACAGGAAAAAAAGAAACAAACAAACAACUACUGCCAAUAGAACCAAUUCAAUAUACGGGAAAUAUGUGUUAGCUUAAAAGCAAACACAGAAACAAAAAACACUUGGUAAUCAGAUAUAAACAGCAUAAACGAACAUAAUCGCCUAAACAUUAAGACACAUCGUUCUCGUCCUUCUCCAGAGGGUUGAUCAAUCGAUUCGAUCGAAUCUCUGGUGCAUGCGAUGCGAUGUUCGCUGUUAAAAGAAAAUCGUGUCAUGUAGCUUGGUCGCUGUUUUCUUUUUCCUGUGCCUAGUGUUAGGGCACAGUUCUUGAAGCGAAAACAAAAUUUGUUGAAUUUCAUAGCGAAGUUACAAACCCCAAAAUGAUCUCCUAUCGUUCUGAUGCCUUCUUGUUCCAUUUUUCUUGUUUAAUCUUUAUCGUUGUGUUUUGAUUUUCUUCAACACAACUUUAAUGGAUACGUGUUUUCGUUUCAUUUGUGUUCUCCUUUGUUGUCUUCUACUUAGUGACAAACUUUAAGGCGUGAAGUGUAAUUUCUAUUAAAAAACGCAUAUAAUUUCUUCUGUUUUUGAUAAGUGAUUUGAAUAAUGUGAUGUGAGCGUGAAUCGGUGUGUGAUGCUGAAUGGUGGCUGUAUGCGAGUGAAAACAUGACGAUGUUGAGCAAAGUAGACGAAAGGAAACGAGCAGCAAGCUCAAUACAAUUCCUAUGUUUGUUUUUCUUCUUUUGUAUUAGUUCCAGAUUUUAUACGUAUCAAUAUGUUUCUGUGUACAAUACAUUAAAGUACUUUAUCAUUUAAGCUUAGCCGAAAGUUGCAAAAGAAACGGAUUAACGGAUAAGCCGAUGAGCGAAAAAUUGCAUCGAAAAAUAUCGUUUAAUUUCGCACUUAAUAACGAUUGCACCCGAUUGUGAUCUGGUGUGGUUUUCUUCCCUUCUUUGGUCUUGCUCUGUGCGCAAGGUCGAUCAUUUUGCACUUUUAAACAGAAGAAAACAAAACUCCUUUCGGUUCCCCAACCACACACACCACCGCCGCCGCGUAGAGGCAUGAGAUUGAAAGAGAAACAGUGUGAAAGAUCGAUAGAUCGAUCUUGCAAACAACUCCGUUGGAGAAAUUUUUACUUGCAUCGGUUUCAGAUUUGUUCUAUAUCCUGCCUGGUUUUCGGUAUUGAGUGCAAUGAAGCCGGAAGGUAAAACAGUGAAAUGCUAAUUUGUAAUUUUAAGCCGAUAUAGCAAACAAAAAAAAGGAAAAGUGAUCGAAACUAUACGCUAAAGAGGAAAAGGAAACAUGAAAGAAGUAGAGUAAGGAAGUGGAUAUAAAAACGAAAAGAAAAUCGAAAAAAAUCACCAACACACCUACACAUACAUGGGAGGAAAACAAGAGAGAGAGAGAGAGAGAAAGAGAGAGAAAAAACAACUACAGAAUAAUUACUUUAUACACUUUGUAGGCUGUAAGAGAUAUAUACAAACGAGGUAAAAUUACUAGAUAAUAUGUUGAUAGGCUGCGAUAAGCGGAACCCCGAAUAGAUCGAUAGAAAACAGGAAAAGGAAAGAAAAAAAGGAGGAUGCGCGAGAAAUAGUAGAAGUAUGUGAGUAAACUAUAAAAAAGCACGGAAAAUGCAAAAUAAGCAAGAAAAAAAAAUCUUUAAAAAACUAUCAAAUAAAACACUUAAAUGUUUCAGUA